AUGAUAGCUUCAACUUACUUUGAGGGUAUGACAACAGCAGAACUUGAGUAUAACUAUGAGGCAUCAGAUGAGGCUUCCGAGGGGGAACUCCUGGAUCGCAGUCUGUCAUGUUGGAAAGGAUUUACAUCAGUUACCCUAGGCAUUGAAGAGGAGUUUACACCCAUACCCCUCUGUCUUUGUACCGCUGCCAGUAUUGGAUCAUUUGAUGUCGUGCGCUCCUUGAUACAGAAGGGUAAUGUGGAUAUCAAUGCAAAGAACAGGGGAGGCUGGAACCCUUUGAUGUAUGCCAGUUACAUUGGACAUGACACCAUUGUGCACUUGUUACUAGAUGCUGGGGUCAGUGUGAAUGUUAGCAAUACAAAGGGGCAAACACCACUCAUGCUGGCAGCAAGCUGUGGCAAUGAAAGUGUGGCAUACUUCUUGCUUCAGGCUGGGGCAGAUAUUGAGGCUGUUGAUAGGAAAGGUUGGACUGCUAUGUUUCACGCAACAUACUCUGGCCAUCAGAAUAUUGUUAGAUUCCUGCUUGAUAACAAUUGUAAUAUGGAGACAAAAGAGCCUCAACAAAAUCUGACCCCAUUCAUGCAAGCUGCAAUGGAAGGACAUGAAAUAAUUGUGCAAGACUUCCUACAACAUGGAGUCAACAUGGAGGCCAAGGCAUUCACUGGUGACACCGCCCGCUCCUUGGCACUCAUGAAUGGCCACACUAAGAUUGUCAGCCUUAUAGAUAACUAUGCACUUCCAACAAGCUUGCGGGCUGAAGCUGGUUUACACUUUGGUGCUGACUUGAGUUCCUCGGAUGAGGCUGUCAGACCAAACAGACACCGUGGCAGCCGUGGUGGGAGAUAUAAAUCAAAGGGCCCUAGCAUACAAGAUGGCCCUGAGGCAUUUGAAAAACUGAUGGAUUGGUCUAAGAAACAUGAUCUACAUAUACCUAGUGCUGUAUAUGCCACUGGUCCAGCUGUACCUCAAGGUUAUGUGAGUUACCAAAGUGGCCCAGGUGUCUAUCCCAGAACCCCCAUAGGUGCUGAUUGGUUGACCAGCCGUGAUGUCACAUCUCCCAUCAACCCUGAGGAUCACAAGCUGGAUAGUUCAGGAGGCAAAGAAUCUUACAAUGAUGAAGAGGAAGACAAUGCAUUCUCUCAAACAGGGGCACUCACCAUUAAGAGUAGUUCCAGCAGUAGUGGGGGCCUAGCGGCUGCCCUGGGCCUUACAGACUCUGAAAACCCUGAGCCUGAUGGAACACCCUGUAGUAAGCACAAGUCAGGCCCACCCUGUAGCCUCCAGGAGACACCCUGUAGUGUCGCACAAAAUACUAAACACAUACCAGAUGCAAUACAGCCAAAACCAAGUGCAAAAGCAACUAAACAAUUAACUGAUACAAAACCUACAACGAAUCAUAUAAAUGAUAAUAGCAACAAACACAAGUCCAGACAUAAAUCAUCAAAGUCACACGAGGAAAAAUCAAAAACCAAUAAAAAUUCCUCAGAGCUGAAACCCAAAAAUGGCACAACGAAAGAUGAUAGUAAUAAAAAUAAUGGCAAACAGUCGAGUAAAACAACGAAAUAUCGGGAAUGUAUCCUUAAGGAGCAAGAGUCACUCCUUCGGGAUAGGCCAAGAGAUCUGGCUGGUUUAUUGGAAGAGUUGGGUCUGAGUAAAUACCUGGUGACUUUUGAAGAACAAGAUGUGGACCUUCAAGUGUUUCUAACUCUCACUGAUACAGAUCUGAAAGAAGUAGGAAUAAAAUUAUUUGGCCCUAGAAAGAAAAUGAACAAUGCAAUAGCCCGUUGGCAUAGCAACGCAAGACCAUGUCGUAAUGACCUGGAACAAGCAUAUGCAGAUAAGCUGGAGUCAGAAAUGCAAGAGAUGGCAAUACAGCUCACCAAGACCUGUGAGGAUAUUGAGGGUAUCAAAAAACAGUUGCUCCAGGAGUCAGAACUGCGAGCUGUGGCAGAGACGUGUCUAAUGGAUGAUCGUGCUGCCUGGCAACAGGUGAACAGGUUAGCUGCUGCAACUCGAGAACUCUGCUGUGACAUGCAAGACACCCUAGUCAAUAUUAGGCAGCUGCAUACUGAACUUUCCUCCCUCACUGAAUCCCAGGAUAACAAAAAACAAGUCACCUCUGAUACAAAGCACAGUGCAAUAGAUGGCGCCACUACUGAUGAUAAAAAGACAGUUGCCCAUAUAAGGCAUAAAAUGACAGAAUGUUUUGAUGAAAUGUACCGGGCAAUAACUAUAGCCACCAUAAACAGUGAUAAGCUGUUAGGAAAGCAGAUUGAUAUUGAAACUUAUGCUACUGAUACACCAGCAUAUAGCAGGUCUUAGGGAUGUCUCAGGGGUUUUGCUUGUUCUACACAUUCUCAAUUUUGUUGAUUGGGUGGGUGGGUAGGUA